GCGCCGCUCUUUAAAGAAUGUGACCUGAGCUGGGAGCCACAACACAACUUUUAGAGAAGAUGAAAAGCAGCGUGUGCAGAUGUUUGUUCGGCCCGGCGGAUCACGACCAGCGACGCGGGGACUUGAAGCUGAAACUCGGUGAAAUGUCGGCGGAGAACAACGAGCGAUGGAACUUUAACUUCGUCACCGACACGCCGAUGCCGGGGAGGUUCGAGUGGGAGUCCACCCACGUCACCGCCGAGUUUUACCUGGAGAUGGAGGCGGCCUCCCCCGGGAGGGACUCUUCCACGCUGGAGGGGAGCAACCGCGGCAGCUCGUCCAAGAAACAUCCCGAUGAAGUGACGCCUGUCCGGGGGAGGAGGACCGUGCUGAAGGCCCGGAGGAAUGCAAGAAUCACAGACUUUUUUGUCAAGAGGAGGAGGACCUGCACAGAAAGCAAACUCAGCAACUUUGUGACAAGUUCCUCGGACACAUCUUUGUGCAAAACCCUGAGAUGAUCGUUUUGCCACUUCUACCCUAUAUGGCUAACAUACUCUUAACUCAUCGGGGGGCAAAGACUGAUUGUGCUUUCAGUGCAUUUUUGCUGUAUUUUGUUCCAUUUUACAUCGUUUUUCCUGUAAAAUCAACAUUUUGAUGUUCAAUAAGUUACUCCAAAGUUAAACAGGACAUUAAAAGUCCUUAAUUUUUUAAAAUGUCAUUUUUGUUUUUACUUAUUUUUGCAGAAAUACCAAACAUGUUGUCAAUAUUUUAACCCUCUGAAGGCCUUUUGAUCAAAUGUCACCGGUUUUAGUUGGUCUAAAUUUGCAUAAUGACUUAUUUAAUUUAGUUACUUGCUUUAAUUUAUUAGUUAUUUGCAUCAACAUUGUUGCUUUUUCUGCUUUAAAUUAUGCCUUUUUUUGUUUGUAGUUUCUCUUUUUUCCCUGUUUGUUGUUGUUAUUGUUGUCCUGUUCCUACAAUGUGCAGAAUGUCACAAGUGGCCCCCAGGCCUCACUCUGGACCCCUUUGCUGUACACCACGUAUGGGACUUUCUCUGCUGCUGUUAUUUAUAUUUUUAAUUUUAUUCAAUUGAAAAUGUGUAGUUCUUUAUUUAUUCUAUUUAUCUUCACUUUAAUUUAACAUGCUUGUUUUCUUUUAAUUUUAUUUUAAUAAUUAUUAUUGUUUGAUGAGUAGUUACUUUUUAUCAUUUUUAAAAGUACGAUGCUGUCUUUGUGAAUUAUAAGGAAAGCACCAGAUAAGUGAUGUGCAGAUGAAA